UAAGAUGCUACUCGGAACUUUGUCGGAACUUUCAAGUUCAUAGAAGUUCAGUUCAGUAGCAUUGUGUUUUAAUGAAGAUCAAGUUUAUUUAUUUUACAGAAAAUAAUUGCCUAAGCAUACACGAAUAAAAGACAAAUAUGAAUUUAUCAAAUCAAUGAAUAUUGGGCUUGAGCAAAAAAAAAUUGCCGCCCAUCGGAUUCGAACCAAUACUCGCUGCGUGAGAACCCAACGCUCUACCACAGUACUACAGUUGCGAUAGAGUGAACAGCAGGUAAAGUCUGACUUGAAUCGAUUUUCUGUCGGCAGCUAGUUUUGCACAUUAGUACUGUAGUGAAGUUAGCUUGACUUUGUCAAGUAUCUUCAGCAGCGCAGCGGCAAGUUGACAGACUUUCACGCAGUUCAAAUCUACAUAGCAGCGACAUAUGUGAAAAUAUAAUUAUCAGAAGUAAUUUCAGACAUGAAUCACAAACCCACCAACAGAGUUGUGAUUCUGAAAAAUACAUUUUUGUUUCUGCAUGAACUUUGUCAAAGUUCUGUCAGAAGCUGCUUAGAAAGCUAUUCAGCGUGCUUAUGUGAACUUUCAAGUUCCAAAAUUACUUAAAAAUGAAGCUGCUUAGAAGGCUAAUGAACAACCUCGAACAAGCUGCUUAGCUUUUAAAGUACCCUUUUAUCUGAACUUGGUUACUUGGGUACUGGAAGCAAUCUCAAGAAUUAGUGGACCUACUGAAAAAAGCUCUGGAUGAACUACUGGAGGAACCAUUGAAUGAAUUUCCAGGAAAAUCCCUUAAUAAAUUCCUGCUGGAAACCCUAUAAGAACAACAUAAAAGAAACCCUGAAGGAACUCCUUGAAGGAUUUCUGAAAGAGCUCUGGAAGGAUCCCUACAUAAGUACCUGAAAGAAUCUCUGAAUGAGCUUCAGAAAGAAUUCCUAAAGGGUUCUCUGAAGCAACUUCUGAAGGAACCCCUGCAGGAACCCAUGGAGAAAUCCCUUCAUGAACUUCUGGAGCAAUCUUGAAGGGAACUUCUGGGAAGAUUCUUGAUGGAACUAGUGAAAAAUCCCUAAAGGAACUUCUGAAGAAAGCCAAAAAAGAACUCCUGAAGGGAUCCGUAAACUCUGGAAUUCUGAAGUAAUCCCUGAAUGACCUCCUGGAGGAACCCAUGAAGGAAUUCCUAGGACAAUCCCUCUUUUUUAUUUUUUUUUUUCGUUGAAUCUCGGCAAUUUUCUUUGAUUUUUACCGAGAUUGGCACCGUCGAGCGCUCAGCAAACUGGAAUUUCAACGAGAUCUCAGCAAUUGCAUUGUUUGUUUGCUGAAAAUUAUUGCCGAUAUUCAGCUAACAAACGCUGUAUCUUCGAGAUUCAGUACAAAUAUUAGCUGAGCCAUGGCGGUGCCAGCGUUCGUCCAUCUUAGUGUGUAAAAUAAUUCCUGUAUGAAACCCUGCAAGAGAAAGAAUUCCUGAAGGAAACUCUACAAGAAUAAAUCCAUGAUAGGUUAUUGACGAAAUUUUCGGAGGAAUCCCUAAUGAAACUCUGGCAGAAAUCUCAUGCAACCCCUAAAAAAUACCUGAAUGAACUCCUGGAAGAAAUCCCUGAAGAAACUUCUUGAAUGAUUUGAAAGAUCUCUGCAAGGAAGCCCUGUUGGAAAUCCAGAAGGAAUUCUCAAAAUAGUUUUAGCAACUCCUGGAAGAAUUUCUGAAGGAACACCAGAAGAAAUCUAUGAAGGAGUCCUUGAAAGAACUCCUGAAAGAAUCCCUGAAAGAACUCCUGAAUUAAUCCUUGAAAGAACUCCAGAAAGAAACCCUGAAAGAACUCUCGAAAGAAUCCUUGAAUGAGUAAUGCAGUAAUCCCCAAAGUAAAUUGUGAAGAAAUCCCUGAUAAAACUUUUAGAAGCAAUCCCUGGAGGAGCCCUUGGAAAGCAACUCCCGAAGCAAUCAUGAAGGAAUCUCUGUAUUGACUCUUGAAGGAGCCCAUAUAGCCGAGGCGGUAAACGCACGGGUAUUCAGCACGACCAUGCUGAGGGUGACGGGUUCGAUUCCCGGUCGGUCCAGGAUCUUUUCGUAAAGGAAAUUUCCUUGACUUCCUUGGGCAUAGAGUAUCUUCGUGCCUGCCACACGAUAUACGCAUGCAAAAUGGUCAUUGGCAGAGGAAGCUCUCAGUUAAUAACUGUGGAAGUGCUCAUAGAACAAGCUGAGAAGCAGGCUUUGUCCCAAUGAGGACGUUACGCCAAAAAGAGAGAGAGAGAGGAGUUCUAGAAAAUAUUCCUGGAAAUCCGCAGAAGGAUUCUCUGGAGCAAACCCUGGAACAAUUUCUGAUGGAACUUUUGCAGCAACUUCAGAGUGAACUUUUGAAGGAACCUUCGAAGAAACUCCUAGGAGAAGAUUCAAAAAAUACGUCCAUCGUUUUUCGGGAUUUCUAGACCCCCCCUCCCCCCUCUGUCACGCAAUUUCCCUAUACCCAAUACACGUACUGUCACAUUUUUCUAGACCCCCCUCCCCCAAAUAUUGGACGUAAUUUUAAAACGUUCCCUAGGGAAAUCCCUAGAGGAAUUUCUGGAGGAAAUCCUGCAGAAACUCCUGGGAGAAAUCCCAAAGGAACUGCAGGAAAUAUUCCUGAAAAACUUCUGGAAGGACCCCUGAGGUAAUCCCUCAAACAAAUUCAAAAGGAGAUCCAGAAGCAAUCCCUGAAACAACUCCUGAAGAAAUCUUUUAAGGCACUCUUGAAGAAAACGCUGAAGCGAUUUCUGAAUUCAACUCUUUGAAGGAUUCUAGAAAGUGUAAUCUGUAAGGAUGUUCUGAAAGAAUCCCUGAAAGAUUAUCUUAAGCAACUCCUGGAUGAAUUUAAAUGACCAUAUUUCCGCUAUUUAUCUGUAAUUUUAGCAAUUUAAAACUCAUUAAUAUACACAUCUUCUUUUGAGAGAACGAACUGGUCAGACCAUCGUCGGUCUGGAAAAUCUGGAUUUCGGCGCAAUCGCAAUAUCUUAAUGUCCGAGGUUUUAUAAUUGUACAUGGACCACCAUGAAUUCUGCACGAAUUUAUGCUGGCCAGGUUAUUCACAAAAAAUUUGGCGUUUGAGCGGUGCCGGGUUUCCAGUUAGCCUAAAGGAUAAGGCUAAGGAGCUCCAAUAGAAAGACGGCGAGUUCGAUUACCGUUCCGGUCGGAAAAAUUUUUCCUCGACGUCUUAGUACAUCAUUGUGCUUGUCUCACAGUAUACUUUUUCAUGCAAUGGCAGGCAAAAAAAGCACUUCAAUCAAUAACUGUGGUGGAACACUUAGUUGAAGAGAGACAGGUCAAGUUCCAGUUGGAACGUCGAGCCAGAAAAAACGAAGUGCGUUAGUAUAAUGGAGCAUGGCAUAGCGAUAGAAGAUAGCUGAGACGAAGAUAGAAGCCAAAUAGAGAUCUGAACGGGGUGUUCAUGAGCAGAGAAAAGCUCUGCCCAUGUUCGCAUAGUCGACGUAACCACCAUUGGCAAAGUCAGCAUAUACAAGCUUAUAUCUGACGCAGCUGUGUAUACGUGACCAGUUUUAUUCAAGCUUGUUCGAUGCCAACUUGGAAAAAAAAAUAUUAAACUUCGAAUUAUUCAUUGCUAAAACAUCAAGUGUGUUGAAAACUACAGCGGCGCGAACGUCAACUAUGCGAAUAUGGACAGAGCUUUGACACGCAAGAUCAUAGCCUACUUCGUUCUUGUUAAGAAAAUUUAUUUAUUUAUUUAUUUAUUUCGUCAACCGACGUAGACUAGUACAUUUACAUAUACAUAUUUUUGUUUCUUAAUGCUAUAGUUUAGUCUAAGAAAUACAUAAAAAAUAUUAAAAAAUUAAAUUAGGAUAGGCAGUGUAUUUAUAAUGUUUUUAGGUGUUGGGACUUCGAAGACUGUAAAAGUAUUUUCUAAGGUUAUGCCGAGACAUUGUAAAGUCAAUGGUUUCGCAGUGUUGAUUAUAAAUGUCCAUCAUUCGAUUAAGAGGCCCAAAUUUGGCGUAGUUUGUUCUACAGUGGUUUGUUAUGAAUAUGUUUCGAUUUCGUAGUUGCCGAGAAGGUAUGUAAAAAUUUAAUGAGGAUAAGAUUUUUGUUGAAUCAAUACGUUGUGAAACGAUAUCGUUAACGAAAGAAACCAUUGCAAUUUCACGCCGCUCUUUCAAUGUUUGUAUGUCGAUAAGCUUGCAGCGUGCUUCAUAUGAUGGAAGUGGAAAUGAAGUCCAACCUAAUUUACGAAGAGCAUAUAAUAGAAAUUGCUUUUGUACUCAUUCUAAUCUUUUUUCGUGCGUGAUUGAAAAAGGAGACCAUACAAUGCUGCAAUAUUCCAGUAUUGAUCUUACAUAUGCAAUAUACAGAGUUUUGAUUGUGUAUGGGUCAUUAAAGUUGUAGCAGAAACGCUUAAUAAACCCUAGCAUGUUAUUAGCCCUGUGAAUUAUUGUGUUGUAGUGGUCUACGAAAGUAAGCUUAGAGUCUAAGAUUACUCCUAAGUCUCUUACUCUUUCACAUUUUUGAAAAGAUCAAUGCCUUGAGUUCAUUUUUGUCUCGCGUUCAGUUCCAAUGCAACACUGCACAUAAAAAAAUCCUGCACGAUGCCCUGGAGAAGCAAGUAUCAAAUCUCUGCUUUAUCUUCAAUCCUCAUAUAGUAUAGCUCUAGGUAAAUAAAGCCAGUGGUGUCAUCGUGGUUACUCCAAGUUACUCACUGAGUAACCAGCUCUUGAGAUAAAAAAAAAUGUUUAUUUUUCAGCUCCAAGUAUGAGCGCCCUCGCAAAUAUAAUAACCUAUGUACUUUUUUGCGCUUCCAUACAUGUAAGAAAAUAGCUUUUCAGUGAAAUUAAGAAUUGUUUGAAUCUAGUAGGGCGGAUAUAUUAAAAUCGUCUAAGUGAUUUUUAUAGUUUUGCGUUCUUCAGUGCACAAAAAAAGGCGGCAUGGGAGAGAUAUUCUCAGUUUCUUUAAUUUGUAUUAAGGCGCAUCUUAGCCUAAAGCUUAUUCUACACUUCCUAUUUUCUGUAGAGGGCGCCAAAUGCAACUUAGGUAAUGAGAAGGAUUCAACCUCCAAAAACCCUCCUUGGGUACGAGCUUUGCGCCCUCAUAUAUGUGAGAAACAAAUGUGUUCUAAUUGUUUUUCUCGUAUACUUUUAUAAAAAAUCGUCAUUGCGGUAAUGUAAUUUUUUACAAAUUUCAGCGAAAAUGACUUUAUAUGUGUUUUAAAUUUUUGCGCCCAUAGACGAGUUAAAAAAGUCUUAGUUGUGAUAUCAAAAUUUCAGCUCUUUAAGUCAAACUGAAAACCAUACCAACUCCCAGGAUGAGCGCCCUCGUAAAUAUAAAUAAAACAACGUAUUUUUUUCAUUUUUGGGCUUCCAUACAUGUUAGAAAAAACUUCUCAGUGAAAUACGGAUUUUUUCCGCCCAACUGCAUGUAAGAAAUUUGCCUUGCCAUUUUUUUCGUUAUGCUUGCGCCUUGUAGGUCCAUGCACAUAAAAGGCGGCAUUUUCAUAGAUUUUUCUGAAAGUAAAAGGCGCAGAGACGCCUACUAUAUGGAACUAUGGGAAUGGUUUAACGCUCAAAACCCCUCCCAUGACUACUAGCUGGGCGCCCACAAAUAGGGGAGCUUAUUUACUUUCGGCGGUUUUGUUCUCUUCGUCAUUGGCAGUUUUUGAAACAUAUUGAAGUUAUACGACCAAGUUUCAGGCAGGUUGGCGGACAGACACAUCAUGACGAGGAGAACAAACCUGCCGAUAAUACUCAAAGUAUAUAAAAAAAUAGAUUUUAAAUAGUUUUGCAGAAGUCUACGCUCCAUACAAAUUUUAAAAUUAUUGUAUGGACAAAAGUCUACGAGGGGGUGGGAAUUCUGAGAUGGUUAUUGUUUUGUCUACGUGAUCUAUGAAAAGACCCAUACUUGUAUGAAGAUUUUCUUUUGCGAUAUUGUGAAUUUUUCUUACGCAUUUUUAGAAAAAUCUUCUAUGUGAUUUUAGAUGUUUUACGCCCUUUCGAAUUCCAGCUUAAUUGAAUCUUGUGAAUAUUCCAACUUUUGCAUUAAUAGGUGUAGAAAAGUUUCAUUUAUGACAUUGGAAUCUACUCAUUCCCACCCUAAAUAUAUCUAUAUGGUAAUUUCUAAUUUUUUGUGCCUUCAUAUACAUGUGUAAAAAUUACUGUUAUAUUGGAUAUUUAUCUUUCGCUCCAAAAAUAUAAAAAAAAUCUCGUGGUUUUUCCAUAUGUUUGCACACUCACAGACAUACAAAAAUGACCCUUGUGAAUAAUCCAAGCUUUAGCGCCCCGCCCCCGAAGGUGAAAAAAAGCUAUGUUAUGGAAUGGAGAAUAAGACAAUUUUCUUCCCCUUUUCUAGGAAUUACCUCUUUAAUAUUUUCGAUGUUGUUGCGCCCACAAAAGAAAAACUUUCUUCCUGAUAUUUAAAUUUUUGUUUGCACUCCACUUAAAAUUAGCAAUAUAAUUUUGAAAGAGCGAAAGAGCCUCCUACAUAAUCUUAGUUUGUUUGUUUGUUCGUCAAUGUGUUUACGACGCUGUGAGUUUUCCAUUUUUUGUGCCCUUGUGCAACCUGUUUUAUUGGAACUUCUUACAGGGAUUUCUUAAUAAAUCCAUAUCCAAAUCCAUAUCCAUAAAAUAAAAAUUUCGAAGAUUUCUUCAUGAAUAUCUUAAUUCAUUACCCGCCAAGUUUAUCAAAGUUUUAUUCGAAAAAUUUCCUCAAAGAUUUCUUAAAUUUCCGAUAUCUUUACAAAUUCCUCCAGCGAUUCUUUCAAAUUAUUGUCUAGGAAAUUUUGAAGAAAUUCUGCCAUGAAUGUCUUUGAAUAUUUCAAUGAGAAAUCCUUCAUUAUCCCACCAUCAGUCGCAUGCGUGUACUGAGUACACGCGUCUCAGAAAAAUGCAAAAAAAUAACCGAAAUUCGCACCAAAUUGAACCGGGUGUUGGUCCUAUUCCAAGAUCCACUCUUCUUCUUGUUAGUAAGAAAGAAAAAAAAAUGAAAAAAUGCACGGAAAGUACUCGAAAAAUACGUAAUUCUAACCUCACAUUUUAAAUGUGUACUCAGUACACCGGCGCGACCGCUGGUGUAACUUUUUUGUGAACCAGACCGUUACACGAGCGGUCGCGUCGUGUACUCAGUACACGGCAUACGCUUUCAAUUAUGGUUUAUAUGCUUUACUAGAUACAAUGUUGGUGUCUUCAGCAAAAAAGUCCAACUGGAUAAUGCGCGUCUGAUAGUGGACAUGUGGAACCGGUCAACACGAUCUGGUCCUGUCCCGGGUGUCGGAAUGGCCCUCGCGGGAACCUGUUUCGAGGACAUUUCAGUUAUGGCACCAAAACUAGACAUCCGACGGCUCUAUCUUCAUGAUUUUCCAUAUCCAUUAUUUUAGUAACCAUGAAAAUUACCAGUGACCUCCCUGGCCAACCCGUGGCCACCGGAAUGUACCCUGGAGGAACCUGUUUCGAGGACAUUUUGACCAUGACACCAGAACUAGGCAUGCGACGGCUCUAUCUUCAUGAUUUUCCAUAUCCAUUAUUUUAGUAACCAUGAAAAUGACCAGUGACCUCCCUGGCCAACCCGGGGCCACCAGAAUGUGCCCUGGAGGAACCUAAUCCGAGGACAUUUUGACCAUGACGCCAUCACUAGGCAUGCGACGGCUCUAUCUUCAUGAUUUUCCAUAUCCAUUAUUUUAGUAACCAUGAAAAUGACCAGUGACCUCCCUGGCCAACCCGUGGCCACCAGAAUGUGCCCUGGAGGAACCUGUUCCGAGGACAUUUUGACCAUCACACCAAAACUAGGCAUGCGACGGCUCUAUUUUCAUGAUUUUCCAUAUCCAUUAUUUUAGUAACCAUGAAAAUGACCAGUGACCUCCUUGGCCAACCCGUGGCCACCGGAAUGUACCCUGGAGAAACCUGUUUCGAGGACAUUUUGACCAUGACACCAGAUAUAGGCAUGCGACGGCUCUAUCUUCAUGAUUUUCCAUAUCCAUUAUUUUAGUAACCAUGAAAAUGACCAGUGACCUCCCUGGCCAACCCGUGGCCACCGGAAUGUGCCCUGGAGGAACCUGUUUCGAGGACAUUUUGACCAUGACACCAAAACUAGGCAUCCGACGGCUCUAUCUUCAUGAUUUUCCAUAUCCAUUAUUUUAGUAGCCAUGAAAAUUACCAGUGACCUCCCUGGCAAACCCGUGGCCACCGAAAUGAACCCUGGAGGAACCUGUUUCGAGGACAUUUUGACCAUGACACCAGAACUAGGCAUGCGACGGCUCUAUCUUCAUGAUUUUCCAUAUCCAUUAUUUUAGUAACCAUGAAAAUGACCAGUGACCCCCCUGGCCAACCGGUGGCCACCGGAAUGUGCCCUGGAGGAACCCGUUUCGAGGACAUUUUUACCAUGACACCAAAACUAGGCUUGCGACGGCUCUAUUUUCAUGAUUUUCCAUAUCCAUUAUUUUAGUAACCAUGAAAAUGACCAGUGACCUCCUUGGCCAACCCGUGGCCACCGGAAUGUGCCCUGGAGGAACCUGUUUCAAGGACAUUUUGACCAUGACACCAAAACUAGGCAUCCGACGGCUCUAUCUUCAUGAUUUUCCAUAUCCAUUAUUUUAGUAACCAUAAAAAUUACCAAUGACCUCCCUGCGUGCCCACCGAAAUGUACCCUGGAGGAACCUGUUUCGAGGACAUUUUGACCGUGACACCAGAACUAGGCAUGCGACGGCUCUAUCUUCAUGAUUUUCCAUAUCCAUUAUUUUAGUAACCAUGAAAAUGACCCGUGACCUCCCUGGCCAACCCGUGGCCACCGGAAUGUGCCCUGGAGGAACCCGUUUCGAGGACAUUUUUACCUUGACACCAAAACUAGGCAUGCGACGGCUCUAUUUUCAUGAUUUUCCAUAUCCAUUAUUUUAGUAACCAUGAAAAUGACCAGUGACCUCCCUGGCCAACUCGUGGCCACCGGAAUGUGCCCUGGAGGAACCUGUUUCGAGGACAUUUUGACCAUGGCACCAAAACUAGGCUUGCGGCGACUCUAUCUUCAUGAUUUUUCAUAUCCAUCAUAUUAGUAACUAUGAAAAUGACCAGUGACCUCCCUGACAUUUUGACCAUGAAAUGGCGUGCAGUAUAAUUAUUCCUUGCCUAAUUUGAUGCAGUUUGAGCAAAACUAUGGAUAACUAUGUUGUUUAUGUUGCAAGAAAUGGAGGAAACAAUAACACUGUUGCCCAAAUUUUUGCUCAAACAGCAUCAAAUUAGGCAAGUAAUAAUAGUACCCACGCUUUUUGCACCAUUUCAUUGCAGAAAGGGAGAAUUGAACCUCUCACCACACAAAAAUUCAGCUCGCUACUACAAAUCUAGUACUCCACCGAUCUGUCCUAUUAUAUAUUUAGGGAUUGUUGAUUUUGUUCGGUGAUUGCAACACACUUAAACACGAUUUAUAACGUUUCGGCCUACUGACUUUCAGCCAUCAUCAGAUCUAAAAUAUAUUUUCAAAUAGUUACAAUCUUAAAAUUCAUCUUACAAUUUUCUUCAUCCACUUGUAUAAAUCGAUGUUCUUGCCACCAGUGUGGCUUUACUACUAAACCCCCCUUUUCACACAUCUAUCCAUCUUCGUGUUGGUUCGGUUGCGUCACUCGGUUCGGUCUGCUCGUGUGUGUUGAGAAUGUUCGUAUUUUACCCACUAGACCGUUGUACGCUGAGUCGAUCCCUCCACAUUCACGCUGCAUGUUAACAAUUUUGUCGUCACCGAGUAGCUUGAUGUGGAAGGCCUCCGCAAUGGUUCUGCUUGCCUGGUUGUCGAUCCUUUCCAGAAUUUCCGUGUUUGAGAAAUCGAAGUUGUGUCCUUCAUCUAGGUGGUGUUGGGUUAGACCUGUUUUUGACUCCUUUUUUCUUAUGUUGUUCUGGUGUUCGUUGAUCCUUGUUUUCAGCAUUCGUCCGGUUUGUCCUACAUACACCUUCCCGUCUUCGGUGCCGCAUGGUACGGCAUACACAACGUUUUUAGUUUUCAAUUUUGGAAUUGGGUCUUUCAUAGACCGUGCGAUCAAGUUAACAGAUGCCUCCGAAAGACCAAAAACAAUAACAACAGUCAAACAAAUUCUACUGAAAAACCAUUACCCAAAAUGGUUUAUCACCAAAUUGUUGAAAAACAGGACCCACCAACACUACAACACCAUACAGUGGGAGGAAACCGGAAGAAAGGAAAUGAAGUUCGUGUCCACACCCUACAUACCAUGCCUCAGUGAGAAACUUUCAAAAAUUCUCAACAAACACAACAUUACACUAGCACAUAAACCACGUGACAAAAUCAAAAACACUGUAUUCAGUCGGUUGAAAGACCCAAUUCCAAAAUUGAAAACUAAAAACGUUGUGUAUGCCGUACCAUGCGGCACCGAAGACGGGAAGGUGUAUGUAGGACAAACCGGACGAAUGCUGAAAACAAGGAUCAACGAACACCAGAACAACAUAAGAAAAAAGGAGUCAAAAACAGGUCUAACCCAACACCACCGAGAUGAAGGACACAACUUCGAUUUCUCAAACACGGAAAUUCUGGAAAGGAUCGACAACCAGGCAAGCAGAACCAUUGCGGAGGCCUUCCACAUUAAACUACUCGGUGACGACAAAAUUGUUAACAUGCAGCGUGAAUGUGGAGGGAUCGACUCAGCGUACAACGGUCUAGUGGGUAAAAUACGAACACUCUCAACACACACGAGCAGACCGAACCGAGUGACGCAACCGAACCAACACGAAGAUGGAUAGAUGUGUGAAAAGGGGGGUUUAGUAGUAAAGCCACACUGGUGGCAAGAACAUCGAUUUAUACAAAUCUGAUGAUGGCUGAAAGUCAGUAGGCCGAAACGUUAUAAAUCGUGUUUUAGUGUGUUGCAAUCACCGAACAAAAUCAACAAUCCCUAAAUAUACAACUCAACGGUGACCAAAACCCUUAAGAAGAUCUGUCCUAUUACUCCAAAAGUUCUCGAUAUGAUGCCUCCAGGAAUUUCCCUGUGGCUUCUCUAGGAUUCCCCAUGGGAUUCCAGAGAUUUUUGCAAGGUUUCAUCCAGCCAUUCCCUUUAAAAUUUCUAAUGAGAUUCUCCCAGUCAUACCUGAAAUGCUCUAAUACCUCAACUAUUCCUGCUCAAUAAGUAUUUGCUGAGAUUCACCUAGUAAUUCCUGCUGGAACUUAUUCUGCACAUUUUGAACUCUUUUCUAAUUUUUUUUCAGAGAUUUCACCGGUAAUUCUUCCGAAAGCUAGGAUAUUGUCAAAAACCAUCAAGAAUUUCUUCAGAGAUCCAAUCAAAGAUUGCUGGUUCCAGGAACCCUGUUGAAUUACUCCAGGGAUGCCACAUUUUCUUUCAACGCAUUUCUUUUAAUGACUCCUUCAGGAAUUUCCCCUUUUCCAUAGAUUCUCGCUGUGAUUCCUCUAGAAGUUUGCUUUGAAUCCCUUCAGAAAUUCCCUCUGGUACUGCACGUGGCAUUUCUACAUAAAUUCUUCAUGUGGUUAUUCCAUGAAUUCCUUUAGGAAUUAUACUAAGAAUACCUUUGCAAUAUUUCCACCGAAAUAAUUCAUCCGUGGGAUAUAUCACAAAAUUUCGCCUGAAAUUUAUCAAGAAAUUUCUCUAGGGAUUUAUCAGAGAAUUUCUUGAGCGAUUUUCUUCAGGGUUCUUCUAAGACUAGGCGGACUUGUCCCGGCGUUAUAACUCGCAGUAUCGCAUGAAACCGAAUUUUCUUCCACUGCUGUCUACUGUCAUGUCUUUUGGAGUUGGAAGGUUAUGUUUCAGUAGGAAUGAUAUGUCAAGAAUAAGUACGGUAGACGUUCGGUCGGUGCAAACGGUUUAACUGCAAUGCUUUUUACCUGUAAGUCCGGUAAGUUCAACAAAUUUGGAGUUAUCGCACCGCCAAACGUCAAAAUGAUGUGCCAUGUUUGCCCUAAUAGGCUGGAGGAAUUGAAUGAAUGUGGAUGAAUUAAACGAAGAGAAAAAGCAGGAUCUUCAUAUAACAAAAUGCAGAAGUAGCUGAUACUUCAUCCUCAUUCACGCUAGGUGAAUAAGUUCCUCUGGCCUAUGAACAGUCGCAUGAAGUUCACGUUCAUUUUACGUUAAUUGAUGGCUUUAUAACAUCUGUCAGGCGUUGCAGUUACUCAAUUUCAUUCGUAAAGUGAAACGUAAACAUGUUGCAGUUAGCAGCUAAACACAAUUUCUGACACUGAAAACUAUCAUAUAACUGCGAAACGUAUAACGCUAAACUAGUUAGCAGACUUGGUUCCAGAAGGAGCGUAAUAUCAUAAAGACUAUUCCGUGAAUCACGCUUAUUAUUCAAAUAGCAAAACAUUGGAACCAUAAAAAAGUUACGUUAUAUAGAGGUAAAAGUUACGUUAUACUGAGUUACGUAAUAUCGAGGCUACGUCAUACCGAGGUAUGACUGUAUACAAAUCAGUUGGUAACCAAAAUCACAAAACAAAAAAUUUCGGCUCCGUGAAGCAAAAAAAAAACAUUUUUUUAUUUCUUUCUAUUCGAAAAUUACAAAACUAGAUUGGACAUGAUUUUAUACAAUACAAUAAACGCUUUUGGGAGGCAAAUAUGUAUCAAAUUAACAGAUUCAUCAUGCUAUAAGCGAAAAUUAUAUGCAUGACCGUCCUCAUACAGAGUAGGAACCGCGAGCGCUGGUCUUUUUCACGGUUACUUAGGGUAAAUCGCCAAUUAUUGCACACCUUGCAAACUUGCUAAUUGUUGCACACUCCAUGCUCUUCCUAUGAGGUGUGCAACAAUUGGCGAGUUUUUAAGGUGUGUAACAAUUGGCGAUUUACCCUAGAUGAUGGAUAUGGAAAAUCAUGAAGAUAGAGCCGUCGCAUGCCUAGUUUUGGCGUCAAAGCCAAAAUGUCCACAAAAAAAGUUCCCUCAGGGCACAUUCCGGUGGCUACGGGUUGGCUAAGGAGAUCACUGGUCAUAUUCAUGAUUACUAAGAUGAUGGAUAUGGAAAAUCAUGAAGAUAGAGCCGUCGCACGCCUAGUUUUGGCGUCAAAGCCAAAAUGUCCACGAAACAGGUUCCUCCAGGGCAUAUUCCGGUGGCCACGGGUUAGUCAGGGAGGUCACUGGUCAUUUUCAUGGUUACUAAUAUGAUGGAUAUGAAAAAUCGUGAAGAUAGAGCCGUCGCAAGCCUAGUUUUUGUGUCAUGGUCAAAAUGUCCUCAAAACAGGUUCCUCUAGGGCACAUUCCGGUGGCCAGGGGUUGGUCAGGGAGGUCACUGGUCAUUUUCAUGGUUACUAAAAUAAUGGAUAUGGAAAACCAUGAAAAUAGAGCCGUCGCAUGCCUAGUUUUGGUGUCAUGGUCAAAAUGUCCUCGAAACAGGUUCCUCCAGGGCACAUUCCGGUAGCCAGGGGUUGGCCAGGGAGGUCACUGGUCAUUUUCAUGGUUACUAAAAUAAUGGAUAUGGAAAAUCAUGAAGAUAGAGCCGUCGCAUGCCUAGUUUUGGUGUCAUGGUCAAAAUGUCCUCGAAACAGGUUCCUCCAGGGCACAUUCCGGUGGGCACGGGUUGGCCAGGGAGGUCACUGGUCAUUUUCAUGGUUACUAAAAUAAUGGAUAUGGAAAAUCAUGAAGAUAGAGCCGUCACAUGCCUAGUUUUGGUGUCAUGGUCAAAAUGUCCUCGAAACAGGUUUCUCUGGGGCACAUUUCGGUGGCCAGGUGUUGACCAGGGAGGUCACUGGUCAUUUUCAUGGUUACUAAAAUAAUGGAUAUGGAAAAGUCACGAAGAUAGAGCCGUCGCAUGCCUAGUUUUGGUGUCAUGGUCAAAAUGUCCUCGAAACAGGUUCCUCCAGGGCACAUUCCGGUAGCCAGGGGUUGGCCAGGGAGGUCACUGGUCAUAUUCAUGGUUACUAAAAUAAUGGAUAUGGAAAAUCAUGAAGAUAGAGCCGUCGCAUGCCUAGUUUUGGUGUCAUGGUCAAAAUGUCCUCGAAACAGGUUCCUCCAGGGCACAUUCCGGUGGCCAGGGGUUGGCCAGGGUGGUCACUGGUCAUUUUCAUGGUUACUAAAAUAAUGGAUAUGGAAAAUCAUGAAGAUAGAGCCGUCGCAUGCCUAGUUUUGGUGUGAUGGUCAAAAUGUCCUCGAAACAGGUUCCUCCAGGGCACAUUCCGGUGACCACGGGUUGGCCAGGGAGGUCACUGGUCAUUCUCAUGGUUACUAAAAUAAUGGAUAUGGAAAAUCAUGAAGAUAGAGCCGUCGCAUGCCUAGUUUUGGUAUCAUGGUCAAAAUGUCCUCGAAACAGGCUCCUCCAGGGCACAUUCCGGUGACCACGGGUUGGCCAGGCAGGUCACUGGUCAUUUUCAUGGUUACUAUAAUAAUGGAUAUGGAAAAUCAUGAAGAAAGAGCCGUCGCAUGCCUAGUUUUGGUGCCAUAACUGAAAUGUCCUCGAAACAGGUUCCCGCGAGGGCCAUUCCGACACCCGGGACAGGACCAGAUCGUGUUGACCGGUUCCACAUGUCCACUAUCAGACGCGCAUUAUCCAGUUGGCCAUUUUUGCUAAAGACACCAACUUUGUAUCUAGUAGAGUAUAUAAACCAUAAUUGAAAGCGUAUGCCGUGUACUGAGUACACGACGCGACCGCUCGUGUAAUUUUUUUUGAUGCGACUGAUGGUGGGUUAUUUUUUCUUAAUUCUUUUAGAAAAUCCGUAGUUUCCUUUACAAUUCUCCAGACGUAUGCCUGACAUAACCCUAGAAGUUAAUUCAGGAACUUUCCCUGGACUUUCCGAUAUCGCUUCAUGGAUUUGUUUAGAAAAUUCUCCAGGAAUCUCGUGUUUUAGAACCUUGCAUAAAAUCCACAAAAUCCCUACCUUAUUUCGCCUUUUCUGUACAUGUGUCUGCAUGGAUUCUUUCAGAACUUACUACAGGAUCUCGGUCUUAAAAUCUACCAAGGUUUCUUUCGGAAACUCCUCCGGCUAUUUUCUUCUCUAGAUUAUUUUCCAGGGAUUUCCUCUCCAAGAAUUUUUUUUAAAUGGAUUAAGGCUGAUACAAAUUUAAUUUUGACUUUUUGUCUCCCCCCCGCCCCCUUCAAAAAUUUUUGGCCGGAUUUAGCAUUUUGAGAGGGCAGAUAAAAAAAUAUUUAUCAAAAUGUCGGGUCUUGCCAAAAAUUCUUUAACAAAUCCGAUGAGUUUUUAAUAUUUUUCAGAUUAAAUGCUUAUUUUUACCCCCCCCCCCCCCUCGGAUGGUCGAGGGGACAAGGUCGAGGGGAUGGUCGAGGUGGGACAAAAAGUGAAAUAAAUAUUUGUAACGGCCUAAUAUGGGUUACUUCUGAAAUUUCACAAACAAUAGAUUCAGAAAGCUUUCUUGAAAUUCAUUUAAAAAAUUCAUCGGAAACCUCUCUAUUAAAAAAAAUAUUUGAUUCUCAAGUCCACUCCCAUAUUUGGAUUGGCACCCAAAAAAAGUAACUGGUCAAAAUUUUCUUCCAAAUCCAUUAAAAUUAAGAGGUUCAUCAAAUCAAUUUUGUGUUCUUCGACUAUUUUCGAACUUCAAAAAAUCAUAACUAUACUAAAACUCGUCGAAAAUUAAUUCCACCGGAAAAAAUAGAAAGCUAUACUUGUUUGCUACAAGUUCUUCGAACCACGUAUGCCAAUAAAAUUAAAAGAAUGAUAUGUAAUCAUCAUAUUUGUAAUCCGAAAAACCUUUAAAAGUUGUAUUUUUGAUAGAAAUUGUUCUGGAACACCCUAAUAAACGUAUUAAGUUGAAUUGAAUAUUCCAAAAUGGCUUCAUAUGCUCUUAUGCUUUGUGCUUUUUCGCUUCUUUGACAUCAAUGCUGUGGGAAUUAGGCAUACAUUUUAAAAAUUCGGGAAAGCCAAUUGGGAGAUUCCUUUUGAAAUUCCUUCGAAGAGAAAUUUUUAUCUCCAGAGACUUCUUUAGAAUUUUAGGGUUUUCUAUGAAAUUUCAUUGAGUGAUUUGUGGUGCGGACCUAGUGUGAUGGUUAGAAGAUUUGACUAUCACGCCGAGGACCUGGGAUCGAAUCCCACUUCCGACAAACUCACAAAGUGUGAGUUAUUUCUUCGGAAAGGAAGUAAAGCGUGGGUUCCGAGAUGAACUUAGCUAACAAUCUCGUUAAUACAGAUAAAAAAAAGUGAUUUCCUAAAGUUCUUUCAGCUAGUUUUUCUGAAAUUUAUCUUAAAAUUUCUACUGAGAUUGCUUCGAAAAUUCUUCCCAGGGUUACUCGAAGAAUUGCUUGAAAAAUUUCUCCAAUGAUUUCUGAAUAAAUUCCUACAAGAUUUUUUUUAGAAAUUACUCUUGCGGUUCCAUCGAAAUCCCCUGGGAUGUCUUAAGAGAUCUCUGUAAAAUCUGUUUAGAUAUUCAUCCAGGGAUUUUUCUGAAGUUUUUUUUUCGAAAUUUCACACUGAAGAAAUCUUUCAGGAACUUCUUAGAAAGCAAAAGGAUUGUCUUGAACAUACAUACCUUUGUCAUUAAAAAAAAAAGAUUUAUUGGACUCUUCGAACGAAAUAAUACCUGGCAGACCUGUAUAACUUAAGAAAUAUUCAAACUUUUAUUUUGCUCUAUAAGAGAUUUUUAUAACAUUUUUUUAAACUUCCAAUAAAACUGAUUUAUACAUCAAAGCGUCGUGAUCACCUCUUUAAGGGCAUCUUCCAGCUAAAUUCAAACCGUAUUAGGAUUACCAAUAACACUGUUUUAAAUCUGUGUUGAACAAUUUUUCACCAUCAAUGAUAACCAUUAGCGUGGUUCAAAAAAUCGUUUUUGCUCCACACCGCUUAUUCGAUUCAUAACCAGAUUCUAUGCCUUCUCCCAAAAUUUGAACUGAAUUGGUUGAAAAUUGAGAGUGCACAAGCCCUUCAAAGUUUGUAUGGGAAUUACUAUGGGAAAAGAACGUUUUUCAUUAAAUUGACCGUAGCAUUUCCCCAAGUGCCCUAGAGUGUUAGUUGACCCAUGGAACUCCUUGGCUACUCUAUGAGCUACUACUUUGCCGAAGACCACAUUCAAAUCGGACGCCUCAUUAAUUAGUUAUCGAUUUUCAUCCAGCUGCAGAAACUUUAACAGUGAUCUUUCUGCUUCCCAGCAGGCAACAUUGCUGCACAUGGCGCCAAAGAUAGCACACAUAAAUCAUGGCUACUAUGUUUCAAGGCAAAUUGCAGUGAUGCCCAUCGAAUAGUGUAAUCAUCAUGAUCAAAGAUUUUCAUUCUGGAUAAAAAUCGAUAACAAAUUAAUGAAGCAUCCGAUUCGAAUGUGGUCUUCAGCAAAGUUGUAGCUGACAGAGUAGCCUAGGAGUACCAUGGGUCAACUAACACUCUAGGGCACUUGGGGAAAUGCUAUGGUCAAUUGAACGAAAAACGUUUUGUUCCCAUAGUAAUUCCCAUACAAACUUUGAAGGGCUUGUGCACUCUCAAUUUUCAACCAAUUCAGCUCAAAUUUUGGGAGAAGGCAUAGAAUCUGGUUACGAUUCAAAUAAGCGGUGUGGAGCAAAAACGAUUUUUUGAACCACGCUAAUGUAUAUGCACUGCAAGUGUUUUUUUUUUAGUACACUAAUGGCGGUAAGCUCCACAGUGUACUAGACGCCAAUCUCGUAUUAUCCUCGAUUUUCUUAAGCAUUAAUAGGUAUUAUCCUUGAUUUUAAUCUGAGAUUUUACUUUAGUACGCCGAUUUCGGCGCACUACAAUUAAUCUCGGAUUAGUAUAAAACUGGCUGCGUGCUGAAAUUUGCCAAUACGCAUACUAAUUAGGGUCCCUAUAAUUAGAGUCUGGCGGACUGUCACUUUCGACCGGAGCCAA